AUGGAUUCAAAAAAAGUGUUUCUGGACAAUGCUGGUUCAGCUGCAAUAUCUGAAUCACAGAAGAAGGCUUUAUCUGAAGUUUUGUUCAAUAACAAAAUGCUUGGAAAUCCACAUAGUAAUCAUGAAGCUGGUAGAAGAACUGGCGUCAUUGUUGAAAGUGUUCGAAGUCGGUAAGAGAUUGAUUUACUAUGGUUUAGCUAAGUUUAUAAUAAAAAUAACUUUUUAUGGAACUAACAAUAAGCGUGUAACAUAUGCUAUUCAUGAUAUAACUUUUAGUGUACUUAACUUCUUCAAUACUUCGCACGAUAAUCAUUCAGUCAUAUUUACAUAUAACACAACAUCAGCUCUUGACAUGGUUUCUCGCACGUUUUCUUACGAUAAUGAAGGUCCUAAGCAGAGGCAACCUGUUAUAGUACCGCUAGACAAAAUAACUUGUAUGUUAUAUCUUUAUACCCUUAUACUCUUCAUGUGUUUGUUCUUUUUCGUAAACUUUUUGACCAAAAACUUAUGUUUAAAUAAGUUUAAUUAACAGUUUUGAAAAAAAUAUUAAAGUACCUCCUUUAGGGAACCAGAGUACACUUCUGAUGUUCAAAGACUCUCAUACAUCAAUUGUUGGUAUGAGAAACUCUUCCAACUAUGACCAACUUGUCGUUACCACUUUCGAAGAACUGAAUGAGUACAUCGAUAAAAUGUAUCCCGUUGUAAGCUCUUGCCGACACUUGUUUGUAAUGACAGCAGAAAGUAACUUUUGUGGACGAAAAUACGACUUAUCCAUCAUAAAUCGGAUCAAGAAAAGUAAGUUCACAUCAAAAGUAAAAUAAAAACUCAUCUUUUCAUUUAUAAUAUUGGUAAAGAAUUUUAAUAGAAAAAUUACGUCUUUUCUCAUAAUUAGAGCUGUAUUCAAUUUUACAACAUUUUAUUAUUUGCAAAAGACAUUUAGAUCUGAUUUUAAUUCAAUCUCCAUCCCAUUAUUUCAAAAAGGCGACUGCAAAGCGGAAAAAACAAAAAAUCGUCUUGAAAGAACCUUUAUUUCUCUCUUUCUUUAUAAGCGAAAUAAGCUCUCUUCUCUCUCGCCUAUGGAGUUUCUCAGUCGAAAAACAUUUCACGUUUUUAUGACAAAGGAAGAAGAAGGUUGUUUCUCCAUCUCUGGGGUCCAUGCAUCCUCAAACGGAUAAAUCUUUCGCCUUUUACUAAAGAUUUCCGUGCAUGGGCUCGCUUAUGAGUUCUAUCAAUUUUUGGGAGUCCAUUCUAACGGAUGGACUGAUAAUUUUAAUCAAUGGAGCAUACGAUAUACAUAUAUUACCUAAUUUUAUUUGUAGAAAGCAAUAGCAUAGUAUCCGACUUCAAAAAUUCCAAGUUUAAAAAAUGAAAAUUUCAGAAAUACCAUCACUCUGCGUAGUACUAGACGCAGCUGCUUGGGUACCAACUGCCCCAUUAAACUUGAACGGAAUCGAUGCAUCGUAUGUUGUGUUUUCCUACUACAAGAUAUUUGGAUAUCCUACUGGUUUAGGAUCUAUAAUAGUUAAAAAUGGCGAUGAAGCGUUGUUAAGUCAGAGCUACUUUGGUGGUGGAUCUGUAAACUUUAUUGAAUUAAAUGGGUUUGGUGUUGAUAGAAAAGAUGAUGUAGCAACAAGGUAAUAUUAACGUCUUGAAAUGAAUAUAAUAGACUUUAAAUUAAGGAAGGUAUAAUGGGUUUUGUUGGCUAUGUCUUUUUUAAGUCUUCAGAUAUGUCAAUUUUAAAAAUAAUGUAAAUUUGUAGGUUUGAACAUGGAACUGUAGACUUUUACUCGAUAUCAGCCUUGAAUUGUGGGUUUGAUGACAUUGAAGCUUUUGGUAAGUAAUUCAAUUACAUAUUAUAUAUUUUUAAGUUUUUUUUUACCAAAAUACUUAACUUCAGGAGGUGUAAAUGCAAUUGAAAACCACACGAUGGCACUGACUGUUAGAUUAUACGGAUAUCUAACUUCGACAACUCACAAGAACGGUAAUCCUAUAGCAAUAGUGUACGGCGAUGGCUGGAGGAACUCAACUUAUGAUAAUUUACAUUAUCAUCAAGGUCCGAUAGUUAGUUUCAAUUUACUGCGUGGUGAUGGGUCUGUAAUUGGUUAUGUUGAGGUAAAUAUGAUUUUUACUAUUAUGAUUUAUUAUAUAUUUUUAGUAUUUUAUCAAUAUAAAUAAAAUUAAAUUUAGGUUGAAAAAAUGGCGGAUUUGUACGGCAUUGAUCUUCGUGCUGGAUGCAUGUGUAACCAAGGAGCUUGUAGUGAAUAUCUGCAACUCUCUGAUAGUGAACGUCAACAAUUGAGAAGUGCUGGGAAAGAAUGUGGGGAUGAAAUAGACUCCUUCAAUGGUCGACCGGCCGGAUCCCUUCGGGUUUCUUUUGGGCGGUUGAAUACUUUUGAAGUAAGCAUACUGUAAAUUUGAUCCAAAAAAUACUGCAAAACCCUUUAUUUGUAGCAGAAAAUAGUUUUUUUUAGAGAUGCAGCUCAACUUUUUACAUUUUUUAAAUUUAGGACGUGGAAUGGCUUGAAAUGAUGAUAACGACCUGUUUUAUCAACAACUCCCCCUCUCUCUACCAACAGUUUAACACCUUCGACAAGCCAACCCUUGGCUAUCUAACAUCAAUAUCUUUAUAUCCUUUAAAGUCAGGAUCAGUACUAACAGCAUCAUCUUGGAAAACUAGUUCAGGCGGGUUGAAAUGGGAUCGGCAGUUGAUGUUGAUAACCAAAGAUGGUGUUCCAAUGACUCAAAAACAAUAUCCAAGGCUUUGUUCUGUUGAUUGUCAGGUAAUCUAGUACAAUAUAAUGGUUGAUUGGUAGUUUUCAGAAAACUCGGUCAUACUGGCGGAUCGGUCUGGUACUGUUGGUGCACUUCAAGUGGAUCUGGAUGAAGUUGGCAAAAGCGUCAACUCUAGGGUUUGUGUCAAAAAGUAGGUUUUACUAUAGUACUUAGCACGAUAAACUUGUAGUAUCGUACAGUAGUAUAACUGUAGUGUCUUAGUACAUACUACUGUACUAUGUCACAGUAUAGUAAUUAUAAUUAAACUUUCAGUUUAUCAGCCUUCGAUUGUGGAGAUUCUGCAUCAAACUGGUUCCAUUCUCUAGGACUGCCAGCCGGCUGUCGCUUAUUAAAAUUGGACAACAGCAAUGAAAAGCAAAACUUUUCGAAUCAAGCUGAUUACCUGAUGAUAAGCAAAGCCUCGAUCGGGUAUCUGGUCAAGAUGACAGAGUUGACGUACACUGAAGUAGAGGAAAGAUUCAGAGCCAAUUUUGUCGUGGAUUUGGGGCCAGAUUCAGCGUUUUUGGAGGACAAAAUGAAAAAGAUCUUCAUUGGAAGCACAGAGUUUGAGGUAAGGUUUUUCUAAAUAAGCAUCAAAUUUGAAAAGUGGCACUAAGAUUAAAGAUAAUGUAAAUUUUAGGUCACAGACAAGUGCUCCAGAUGCCACAUGAUAUGUAUCGACCAAAAAACAGGUCGAAAAAACCCAAAUGUGUUGUUGGCUUUGAGGAACUUAAGAAGUGGCACUUCGAUGACAUUUGGAGUAUAUUUGAAACAAGUCAGUCAUCACGAAGCACAUGUUCAAGUAGGACAAAAAGUUUUUGUAACUGAGUUACAAUAA